AUGCUAUCUAGAUUGUGUGCAUAGAAAUUUACUACUUAAAUCCAUGGAGUUCCGAUUAAAUGUAAUAGUUUGAUCAAAGUGAUUUAGUGUUGGAAGCAAUGAAAUUUGACAUACCAAAAGUGUCAGAGGAACGAUACAAAAAUAUAAGAACUCUUACAUGUUAUCUAUAGGAUCGAUUGCAUGACAGUUAAUUGAUGGACUUCGUGAGGGAUGUCUAAUUGAUAAAGGAGAAGGUAUUGAUGUGUCUUAAUGUUUGUUUAGGAGUAUACUAACACUUUACAAUUGAAAUCUAGUAUAUUCAGACUUUUUAAUUAGUGUAUGAUAUUAUAGUUAUUGCAGACCAAGUUCUAGAUCUCGUACCAUUGGCCUUGAGAAUCGAUCUGUAAGAAUUGCAGCCUGAGCAUUUUUAUGAUGAUUUUGACAGAAUAGAAACCGAGAUCAAAAGUGAAUAUACUUGUUUUGUUCAGAAUCGAGCAAGUCUAUUUUAGCCAUAGAAUAAAAGUCUAACUGAUUUCAUUUAAUAUAAACGUAAACAUCAUAAAUUGAAAAUUGAACAAGACGAGAAAGCUCCUGCUUUUUCGUAAAUAAUUGACGAUAGUUUGAUUAAUACUUUAUUACCAAAAUAGGAGGAGACCGAGUCCUACGAUACAAGUAGCAAAGAGGUCGUUAAGAAUUAAUUGGUAUUGGCCAGGAAUUCUAGACUGAUGAACAAACAUAUAAGGCCGAAGGAUGAGAGUGAACUCAGAACCCCAUUACAAUUGAAAUAGAUCGACAGUGUUGGGGAAGUCAAGGAAACCAACGAGGUGUGUUUAUAUAACCUACCCUACAUCUUGGAUGAGAAAUUUAAAUAGGAGUGCAGAGAGUACUUUGAGUCAAGAUUCGGUGAGAUAGAGUCCAUUGAAUACUUCGAGUAUUCCAAUUUCAAGAAGCAAAUUGAUCAGAUAGCCACAAACAAGGCUAAUGAGAACAAGGACUUCUAUUAGAGUUUGGAUUAAUUGAGUUCAACAAAGAAAUUAUUGGAGAGAGUAAAGGUGAAUAAGAAUAAGAAAUUGUAUAAGUCAUAUGCGGUGAUCAACUUUAAAAACAAGGAAUCCAAGUAGAAUGCUCUGUAUCAGGACUUGAGGAUAUUUGGCAUCAAAUUCAAGGACUUACAAUUAAGGAUUGAUGAUGCCGAUCAUAAGAAAUUACUCUACAUUAAUAAUUUAUCUAAAUUUUCAAAUGUGAAAUAUUUGGUUGAAUUCUUGAACUUGCAUUUAGGCAUUCAAUUCGAGCCUCUUGAUGAAAGAAUACAAUUGUAGAAUAAUAUAGUAUGUUUGAUUUUGAAGGACUUUUAAGAAACGAAGGAGGCGUUUAAUAAGUUGAACAGUUUGACAUUUUCAGUAAAGUUAUUUAAUAUUUGUAGAGGUUCAAAAUGAACGCAUUUCAUUAUCCUGAUGGUUUGAAAUAUGUGGGUAGUAGGAUAGCUGAGCAUUUUAAUAGUAAUACGGCCCUUUUGAUUUUGGAGCAGAAUCUGUCAAAGUUGAGAUUCGAGAUGGAUCAAUAUUGGAAGGAAGUGCAAUUCGAGAAGUAAGAUCGAGAGAUAGUUACUAAAGAGCCUCAUUAACCUAUCAGAUAAGAGAUUCAUUCGACUGAUAUGCAAUAAUGCAUAAUGGAAAUGAUUGAAGAGUCUUAUCAAGAGGAGGAAUUUCAAUUAGAGCUCUUUGGUUUGGUUUGGGAUGAAGAAGCUCAAUACUGAUUAUAAAUAUUAGCAAG